GCUCCUUUUAAUGCAAUAAAAGCGACUCCUCAGCAGCAGUCUUUGUGUCACUUUCAUCCAGAACGCACAAUAAACGAUUGACCACAAUGGCAAAACACAACAUUAGCCUUUUGGUUGCCAUAGUGCUGGGACUGAUCUUUUUCAUUAUCACUAUGGCAUUGACUGCUCUGGCAGCGCCGGGAAUAUAUCCAUUUUUGGCGUCCACUGGUAAUAUUUCAGAUGAGUUUGUAACCGAGAUCACACCAUCAGGAUGGACCUUCACUAUUUGGUCGAUCAUUUACAUCUUUUUGGCUUUAGUGGUGGUCUAUGUCCUCUCCGGCAUCUUUAGGAAGAAUGCCUACGGUUACGUCUACUGCAGCCCUGCUAUUUUGCCACAUGGAUUUUUUGUGACUUGGUGUGUGAAUCUGGCUCUCAACACGGCAUGGUUGUUCCUGUGGGACAGAAAGUUGAUGCCUGCAGCACUGGUUUUCCUCAUCCUCAUUGCCUCGACAAACUACCUCAUGAUAUUCUUCUCCUGCCAUUGCCUCAGCAUCUAUGGAGCCUGGCUCAACAAAUACCACAAAGUAGAUCUGUGGCUCCACCGUGUGUUGGUUCAGAAUGGUAUUGCCAUAUAUGCAACAUGGACGACCAUAGCAUCCCUAGUUAACCUGACCAUUGUGCUGACCCAUGAUGCAAACAUGUCACAGACGGACGCUGCCACAGUCUCACUCUCUAUUUUGACUGUAGUGUUGUUUGGGUGGUUUAUCCUGGAAAACGUUGUCCUCGACAAACACGUGAGGUACAUUCUCACCAUUUACCCCUUUGUGAUCUGGGCACUGACGGGGAUAUUCACCAAAAACUAUAACGCUGCAGCUCCAACGCGCAAUAACAUCUUCAUUGCUGCACUGUUGGCUAUAGCCUGUACCUUGUUUGUCAUGCGGGUAUUUUUGGUCGUGUGGAAGAACAUCAAACAGCCACUUUAUGAAGAUGCCAGCCCAGAGGUCAUGUCUCCAAUGGAGAUCGCUGAGAAGCAGAAGACGAUAUUUAAGUGAUGAUGCUGAAUGUAUAUUUUUGUGAUAAAUCUUUCUGUACUGAUGCAGUAUUGUUUCCACAUGAUAUGUAUUUCUUAAUGCUUUGUAUAUAUUGUAAUUAUCUACUUUUUACUUGGAGACACUAUAGAAGUGACAUGAACUGAUGUGAUGCUGAAGUCCAAUUUAAGUUGUCUUAUUAGCUGUCAAUACAUUGUGUUCUUCUGUUUUGUAUACUGUUAAAAAUAUGUAUUGUUUUCCCUUAGUUUUAUGCAUUUGUGGUAUAUAUGAGAUAAACAUUCACUGUGUAAAUGUAUUAUGAAGGCUUUUUCUGUAAUUGUUUUUUAUGCCGUGUGUGGAUUGUGUAACUCUUUAUAUAUAUAGUUUAUUGCAUAUGGCUUUAUCAUUUAGUCAUAUUUACUUUUCAGAUAGUCACUGUAUGAUUUUCGCUGCUUCACCAAGGAGAGGCCGCUUUGGGCGGUUCAUUCAUGAAUGGGUCCUAUCAUAUAAUUAUAUUCCGUUUGCUAAUUGAAGUUUGAACCUCCCCUAUUUAUAAAUGGACAUUUCUGCUGUUCUGAUUGCACUAACGGUGACAACUUCUAGCUUGUUUUUUGCAAUAAACAUGAAGACUAUUUAU